AUGGGUCGUCAUAAGGCAGGCCCGUUUGGGCAAUCCAAUCAUAAACACAAAACUGGUGGUCAUCGCCCCAAAGGAACAAUCAACAAAGAGAGUCGAGGGCGGAAGAUUUCUCAGCAGGGGUCGGUUUCUGGUUCAAUCGGUACCAAACUUUCGAAAGAUGCUCGCAAGUGCAAGGCUAGCCAAAUACGUCGUCGAAAAGUGGAAGCUGAUUCAAAAGUUAAAGAAUCUUUGGGAAGAGAUGAUAAACCGCCCGUGCUCGUUUCUUUGGUAACUUUGGGAGGAACAACGCCUGCAAACGAACUGAUUCAACAUCUAUCCACUGUUGAUGAGACGAUAACAUCUACUAAAUUGGGACUAGCGCAGUAUUUCCGGAUACCGCGUCUUAAAAUGAGGCUUGGCUUCCUGUCUCCAUCUACAGAAAUCUUAGAAGAUGUCCUAAAUUCGUUAAAAGUUACUGAUGUCGUUUGUCUAGUGUGGCCGAUGUCAGGGGAACUGUCUCCCAAAGAAGAGCUUUUAAUAUCGUCAAUGUUGGCUCAUGGGAUCCCAACAACCAUCAAUCUCGUGUUCAAUAACGAGAAGCAAUUAUCAGCGAAGCAACGUGAUCUUCAAUGGAAUAAUCUUAAGAAAACGAUAGGAAGAUACUCGAUUCCAAUGGAGAAGCUUUUAAAGAUGGAAACCCCGAGCGAUGGGUUAAAACUGCUGCGUUUGUUGGUAGACUGCAAGAAGAAAAAGCUACUUGUUCAACAGCGACACGCUCAUAUGCUUGUCGAACGUUUGAGCACGGAUAAUGCUAAUGAGAACAAAGGCGUUUGCACGCUCCUUGCUUCUGGCUAUGUGCGUGGGCUUGCGUGGAACGUCAAUAAUUUGGUUCACUUGCCAGGGCUUGGCGAGUUCCAAGUCUCGCAAAUCUAUCGUCAUGAAGAUCCUAUAACCGUGAAAGGAAAUGAGAAACCGAUUGACCAAAAUGGACAACUUGUCGCGGAAGCUCAGCCUACAAAGCAAGAAAGUCUACAAGCAGAGAUCAUUCCGGAUCCAAACGAAGGAGAACAAAUAUUGUUGGAUGAAGAUCUAAAGCGAAAAGAAGAGGAUUUAUUUGUGGCUCCAGAGAAAAAGAAAUUGCCAAAAGGUACCUCUUCAUAUCAAGCAGCUUGGAUUUUGGAAAGCGAUGAAGAAGAACGGGAAGGAAGUGAAGACGAAGACGAAGAUGAGGAAAACGAAGAUCAAGAUUCUGAAGCCGAUCAAAUCAACGACGAUGUUGAUUUAAAAUCGGGUGAUGAAAGUGAUGUUGCUGAGGAAAGGGAGCCUAUGGAGGAUGAUGUUGCGGAGACGGAAUUGGGUGACGAUGAGAACAAUGAGAUCGAUAUGGAUGAAGCUGCGGAGUUUUCACGGCAACGACAAAAUGAACGGUGGCCAGAUGAAAUUGAUACGCCAAUGGACACACCCGCUCAUAUUCGUUUCCAAAAGUAUCGCGGAUUAAAGAGCUUCAAAAACUCACCUUGGGAUGCGAAUGAGAACUUACCAUACAACUAUGCGCGUAUCUUCAAAUUCCACAACUUUAAUAAAACAAAAAAGAAUGUUUUGAAGAAUUCCAAGCACGAUGAAGUGGGUGAAACUGUUUUACCGGGAAAGUUCAUCACUCUUCGCAUUGAAGCAGUCCCAAUUAGCUACUUGGCAACAAUUCGUGAAGAGGCUCCACUUGUUCUUUAUUCUCUAUUGCCUCAUGAGCAGAAAAUGUCGGUAGUCAACAUGGUGAUUCGGAAACAUCCUUCUUGCAAAACGCCUAUCUUGAACAAUAGCGAACUCUUGUUUUAUGUUGGAUUUAGAAAGUUCGAGGCACAAGCUCUUUUUAGUCAACAUGGAUUGGGGGAUAAAUUCAAGAUGGAACGCUAUUUACCCACAACUGGACCAUGUGUUGCGACCGUGUUUGCACCAAUUACUUAUCCGCCAGCUACAGUGUUAGUCUUUCACAAGACGCCAGAUGGUAACCAGCAACUGGCUGCUACGGGUUUGCUUCUUGACAACAAUCCUGACCGGAUAGUCUUGAAAAGAAUUGUUCUUUCCGGACAUCCUUUUAAAAUCAAUAAGCGCUCGGCUAUCGUCCGCUACAUGUUCUUCAGUAGAGAUGAUGUUGAAUGGUUCAAGCCAGUGGAACUGCACACCCCUUCUGGUCGCCGAGGACACAUAAAAAUGGCAAUCGGUACUCAUGGCCAUAUGAAAUGUCGUUUCGAUCAACAGCUUAACGCACAAGAUGCCGUCAUGAUGAACCUCUACAAGAGGGUGUUCCCAAAAUGGAGUUAUUCGGCCUAUCUGUCAAAUGAUCGACCUAAAACGACUACUUCAAAGAAGGAAGUCGUUGCUGCUAUGGAAGAA